UGUUUUUGAGAAAACUGUAAAUAAUGCAGUCUAUUUGGCGGCGGAUUAGUUUGGAUUUUUCCUGUUUCGUAUCCAAAUCUAAAUGAUUAAAUGGAAUGAAAUGACGCCAAGCAAAAUAAAGAUGUGGUUUUGGGGCCAGUUUUUUACUAGAAUAUAUGGAUACUUCGCAAAACAGUUUUUAUUACUAAGCAUCUGUUUUUAUUGAAAGUAAAUUGUAUCUGAAGGUAGUCUCGUGGUAUUGCGUCAGCAAAUGAGUGUAAAUAAAUUUACUAGAUUAAAAUGUUAUGUUUUUAAUAGUACUUUUAAAAGAUUUUUUACAUCGUCUGGUUUAAGACGAGGCACUGAAAGCAGAACCAUGAAAGUUCUGUGUGUGGCAGAGAAGAACGACGCAGCUAAAAACGUAGCUGCUCUGCUAUCUGGCGGAAAUGCUCGACGGAGAGAUGGUCUCUCAACGUACAACAAGAUUUACGAGUUUGAGUGCACGGUGCUGGGGCAGAGGAGCCAGGUGGUGAUGACGUCCGUCUCGGGACACCUGCUGGGCCUGGAGUUUGUCGGGGCGUACCGCAAAUGGACAGGGUGCAGCCCCUUGGCACUUUUCGACGCCCCUGUCAAGAAGAUUUGCCCCCAGACCUACGAACCAAUUAAGCGCACCUUGGAGAGAGAAGUGCGAUCGUGCAGCACUCUCAUCAUAUGGACAGAUUGUGACAGAGAAGGAGAGAACAUUGGGUUCGAAAUUAUUGAUGUCUGCAAAGCUGUUAAAAACAACCUUAGGAUAUAUAGAGCGAAGUUCUCCGAGAUCACGCUUCAGUCCGUGCAGCGAGCUCUGCAGAACUUGACUCAGCCGGACGAGAGAAUCAGCGUCGCUGUUGACGUGAGGCAGGAACUGGAUCUGAGGAUAGGAGCGGCCUUCACUCGGUUCCAGACGCUGCGUCUGAAACGCGUGUUCCCCGAGGUCCUCGGAGACUCGCUGAUCAGCUACGGCAGCUGCCAGUUUCCGACCCUGGGCUUCGUGGUGGAGCGCUACAAGGCCAUCACCAGCUUCGUCCCGGAGACGUUCUGGAAGAUAAAAGUGAACCACACGGUGCGGGAUCUGAGCGUGGACUUCAGCUGGAAGCGCGUGCGCCUGUUCGACCAGCUGGCGUGCCAGGUCCUGUACGACGUGUGCAUGGAGUGGCCGCUCGCCCGGGUCGAUGCCGUCUCGAGCAAGCCGAAGAGCAAGUGGCGGCCUCUGCCCCUGGACACGAUCGAACUCGAGAAGACGGCAUCUCGCAAACUGAAGCUGAACGCCAAGGAGACGAUGCAGAUUGCAGAGCGCCUGUACUCCCAGGGCUACAUCAGCUAUCCCCGCACGGAGACAAACAUCUUUCCCAAAGAACUGAACCUCCGCAGCUUGAUCGAGCUGCAGACCAACGACCCCAACUGGGGAGAGUUUGCUGGGCAGCUUCUUCAGGAAGGGCCGACUCCGAGGGCAGGGAAGAAGUCUGACCAAGCCCACCCGCCGAUUCAUCCGACCAAGUACGCUCACAACUUGCAAGGUAAUGAGUCCCGAGUUUAUGAGUUUGUGGUGCGCCACUUCCUGGCGUGCUGCUCAAAGGACGCAGAAGGACUGGAGACCAUCGUAGACAUAGACAUCAACGAAGAAAAAUUUGUGGCUAGUGGGCUGAUGAUCAUCAAGCGCAACUACCUGGACGUGUACCCAUACGAGAAGUGGACAGGCAAAGAGAUCCACGUGUACCGGCAGGGUCAGACUUUUGAACCCACGAGUAUCGAGAUGACCGACGGCAACACAACUGCCCCGAACCUCCUCACGGAGGCUGACCUCAUCGCGUUGAUGGAGAAGCACGGCAUUGGCACGGACGCCACCCACGCGGACCACAUAGAGACCAUCAAGUCCCGGCUGUACGUGGGCCUGGAGAACGACGUGCACUUCGUGCCGGGCCAGCUGGGCAUGGGGCUGGUGGAGGGCUACGACUCCAUGGGCUUCCCCAUGAGCAAGCCGAACCUGCGGGCGGAGCUGGAGGCCGACCUCAAGAGGAUCUGCGAGGGCGCCAAGGACCCCGCGGCGGUGCUGCGGGAGCAGAUCGACAAGUACCGGGACGUCUUCAGGAUGGCCCUCGCCGAGGCGGCCAAGCUGGACGCCGCGCUGGCGCGGUACCUGCAGGAGCGGGCGCGGGAGCCCGGCCCGGAGGACCAGGAGCUGGUCCCGGAGGAGGCCUCCCGGCCGGCGAUGCCCUGCCCGCGGUGCGGCCUGCACAUGGUGGUGAGGCAGCGUCGCGAGGGCCAGGGCUUCUUCCUCAGCUGCAUGGGCUACCCCGACUGCCGCUCCGCCGUCUGGUUCCCCGGCAGCGUGGAGCGGCUGGCCGUCUCCGACCACACCUGCCCGCAGUGCGGACCCCAAGUGCACAAACUGGACUUCAAGUUCCGGCACAACUCCAUGAUUCCUUUCUGUGGAGACAACUACCUGGGGUGCGUCGGGGGCUGUGACCAGAUGCUGCUGGAGGCGUUGAACGUCAGGCUUCCGGUCGGAGGGCGCGCAGGAGGACCCGAUGCGUUGGACCGGAGCGUGCCGGGCGCUCGGACGUGGUCCGUGGACAGCGGGCUGGGCACCGCGGGCUCGGACAGCGACCGGUCGUCCACCCAGCCCGAGCGGCGCCAGACCGCCCCCACCACCAGCUUCGACCGGUCAUCGUCCGCCCAGACCGGCCGGGCGGCGGCCGCCAGACCCCCGCGGCAGGGGGGCGGGGCCGGCGACCAGGAGAACCAGGUGGUGUGCUCCUGCGACGAGGAUGCUCUCCUGCUCACGGUCAAGAAGGAGGGCCCCAACCAGGGCCGCAAGUUCUACAAGUGCAGACUGCCGCCAGGACAGAGCUGCAACUUCUUCAUGUGGGCCGACGCCCCGCCCGCGGAUGGACAGCCGAGCGUGCCACGCCCCCUCGCGCCCGCUCCUGCCAACACGACGCAGCGCUUCCCUGCCAACACGACACAGCGCUUCCCUGCCAACACGACGCAGCGCUUCCCCGCCGACCCAGCAGGUUUUGGUGAAGAUCAGGUGACCUGCAAUUGUGGAGCUCCAGCACGAAGGUUUACAGUUCACAAGGAGGGUCCCAACACAGGCCGGCAGUUCUACAAAUGCCCCAAACCACCGAAUGAAACUUGCAAUUUCUUCAAAUGGGCCGAUGAUGUGCCAGCCAACGAUGUCACCAGCGGCUUCAACAGCAACACUUGGAGAAAUGACAGAAGCAGCCACAGAGGCAGAGGAGGUUCAAGGGGAGUGUCGAAUGCAGACCCAAGCAUUGUGAGGAGACGGAAAUGUGGCAUAUGUGGACAAGAAGGUCACAACAGGAAGAAUUGUCCAAAUGGCGUUUUAUGAACAUUAAUUUUGACCUUGUACAUAGUAAUUUUUAUGAAUGUACAUAAACAAGUUUUGUAUUUUGUAUGAAAAUAUCAAAUAAUUAAUAAUUUUACAUGUCAAUAAUUUAAAAUACAUAUGUUGAAUCUAAAAUUAAAAAAUAAGAGUUU